CCAAAUCGCUUAAAAUGAUGUGUCAGUAAAGCCUAUAUGUAUACAAAUACACUAGUUUUUGUUGUAGUCAAAAAUACUUAGUAGUUUUGAUUUUAUAGGCACUCAAAGUUUCGAAAAAUAUCGAGUCCCGCUAACAGUCACGUGACCGCUUGUGACGUCACCACGCGACGCGGGGGCCGCGGCCCGCAUAGUAUUAUGUCGCCAGCAGUUAUAGUAGUAGCUUGCGCAGUAUUUAGUUGUUUUAGUACAAAUAAUAGUAAAUAUUAUUCGAUUAAGUAAUACAAUGGAUGAAGGAUUCGAAAAAGGGCAAUCGGGUAAUCUACCUAAAUUACCUAGAUGAAUGAAUAGUUGCGCAUUAUUUGUCAACAAAUAGUGAUUUCGUUGCCGCCGAAACGCGAGGAAUAAAAAUGCAAUGCUCCUCGCCGUCGUGAUUGCUGUGGUCGCUGCUGCACCCACCCCUGGAGGUCAUGGAGGUCACCACAAACACGUGACAAUCCACGUUCCGUACAAGGUGCACACGAUCCACCACCACCACGUCAAGAAGAUCCACAUUCCCGUCCACGUCCCAGUCGUGAAAGAAGUGCCCGUUGUGAAGGAAGUGCCCGUGUACAAACACGUGCCGGUGCCCAUUGUGAAACAUGUCCCCAUCCCGGUGAUCAAGAAGGAGAUCGUCGAGAAGAAAGUGUAUGUGCCCGUCCACCACACCGAGGAGCACAAACACCACGGCUGGGAAGAGAGCAAGGGCUGGGAAAGCGAGUCGCUGUCACAUGGCUGGAACUGAUUCGGCUUACAAGUCUUUAGGUUAAGGUAGUUUUAAGUACAAACACAUCAUCAUCAUCAUCAUCGCAUCAUAUUGAUGACCGUUAAGGUGAUCACUAACCGCCAGUAUCCAGUAUUUGUUGAGUUACCUGUCGUUGUAAAUGUACA